AUGUUCUCAGCAGCACGACAGACGGCCCUGCGGCAAGCCCGCUCAUCAUGUCUCCGCCCUAGAGUCACCUCCCCCUUGUCGCGCGAUGUUGCCCUCGCCCGCCUGCUCUCGACACUGGCUGUCCUGGAACAAAGAGAGGGAAAGCUGAACAUGUCAUCGCUGGCCGCCGUCUCGGCUGCCAUGAAGCUCGGUGGUUCCAUUACUGGUUUCGUCGCCGGCUCCAACGUAAAGGCCGUUGCUGAGGAGGCCGCAAAGGUUGAGGGACUCGAGAAGGUCAUCUACGUCGACAAUGCUUCGUACGACAAGGGUCUGCCCGAAAACUUCGCCCCGUUGCUCGUCGAGAACAUCAAGAAGGGAGGCUUCACACAUGUCUUCGCUGGCCACUCGGCCUUUGGCAAGAACUUGAUGCCUCGAGUCGCCGCCCUGCUCGACGUUCAGCAAAUCUCAGACAUCACCAACAUCGAGUCCGAAGACACCUUCGUCCGUCCUAUCUACGCCGGCAACGCCAUCCUCACCGUCCAAACCGAUGACAGCCCCAAGGUCGUUACCGUCCGUGGUACUGCUUUCCCUUCAGGCGCCGCAGAGGGCGGUAGCGCCUCUGUCGAAGAGGGUGUCGACCCCAAGGCCGAGUGCCCUACCGAGUGGAUCAGCGAAGACCUCGCUACCUCGGACCGCCCUGAUCUCGCUACCGCCGAGAAGGUCGUCUCAGGAGGCCGUGGUCUCAAGUCCAAGGAAGAGUUCGACCGCAUCAUGCCCCCGCUCGCCGACGCCCUUGGUGCCGCCAUUGGUGCCUCUCGUGCUGCUGUCGACAGCGGUUUCGCAGACAACAGUUUGCAGGUCGGUCAGACCGGAAAGAACGUCGCUCCUCAGCUCUACCUUUGCGCCGGUAUUAGUGGUGCCAUCCAGCAUCUUGCUGGUAUGAAGGACAGCAAGGUCAUCGCCGCCAUCAACAAGGACGCCGACGCACCCAUUUUCCAAGUCGCUGAUGUUGGUCUUGUCGGCGAUCUCUUCGAGAAGGUCCCCGAGUUGACCGAGAAGCUCAAGCAAUAG